GUGUGUGUGUGUGUGUGUGUGUGUGUGUGUAGAGCGUGUGGUAGAGAGAGAGAAAGAGAGAGCGAGAGAGAGGUAGACUGAGCCCCUAACACGGAGCAUGCCUCUGCGUCCAGCAGCCGGCAAACAUGAGCCACCCAGCCCUCCACGGCAGGACCAGCAGCAGCACACACACUCAAACACACACUCGGCAAACGGCAGCCAGGGGGGCAGCACUGACAGCGGCAGCUCCCGGGAAGAGGACAGCGGCUCUCCCGUUCCCGUUGGCGUUCUUCUGGCUUUCCGUCCCGGUGCAGAGCGCAGCCACAGUGCACGAGCACCCAUGGAGGAACCGACAGGCAACACGGUGGUCAUUCGCAUUGGAAUCCCAGACCUGCAGCAGACGAAAUGUUUAAAAUUCAACGUGGAUGCUCCUAUCUGGCUGUCCAAACAAAGAAUCUUGUGCAAUCUUAACCAGAGCCUGAAGGAUGUACUUAACUACGGCCUGUUCCAGCCAGCAUACAAUGGCAAAGCUGGCAAGUUUCUGGAUGAGGAAAGACAGCUAAGGGAAUACCCAUUCCCUUCCUAUGCUCCCGUACCUUACCUGGAGUUCCGCUAUAAAAGACGUGUCUACACUCAGGCCUACCUGGAUGAAAAGCAGCUGUCGAAACUUCACACCAAGGCAAACCUGAAGAAGUUUAUGGAAUAUGUUCAGCAGAGGAACACUGAAAAAGUCUCAAGGUUCUUGGAAAAAGGCCUCGACCCAAACUUCCAUGAUCCAGACACAGGAGAAUGUCCUCUCACGCUGGCGUCGCAGCUGGAGGGAUGUGCAGAGCUGAUCAAAGUGCUGAAGAGCGGAGGGGCGCAUUUGGACUUCAGGACAAAAGAUGGCAUAACUGCCUUACACAGGGCUGUGCGCAGCAAGAACCACACAGCGCUGAUCACACUGUUGGACCUGGGUGCAUCGCCUGACUAUAAAGACAGUCGGGGGUUGACUCCUCUCUACCACAGCUCAAUGGUAGGAGGAGAUCCCUACUGCUGUGAGCUGCUACUGCAUGAUCACGCACAGGUCGGGUGUGUGGACGAGAAUGGCUGGCAGGAGAUUCACCAGGCAUGCCGCUAUGGCCACGUGCAGCACUUGGAACACCUCCUGUUCUACGGAGCUGAUAUGAGUGCCCAGAAUGCAUCUGGAAAUACCGCCCUUCAUGUAUGCGCACUGUACAACCAGGACAGCUGCACACGGGUUCUCCUGUUCCGUGGAGCCAAUAAAGAAAUAAAGAACUACAACAGCCAGACUGCUUUUCAGGUGGCAAUUAUUGCAGGAAACUUUGAUCUGGCUGAAAUCAUAAAGGUCCACAAAGCAUCAGACAUUGUGCCUUUCAGGGAGACACCCUCCUACACUAACCGUCGACGUGUGAUACCUGGCCCCCUGCCCUCACCACGUUCCUUGCUCCGCUCUGCUAGCGACAACAACCUAAAUGGGGACCACAAACACUUCCAUGUCCAGAGCCCUCGAGAAAUUUGCGGCCGCCAGGGUCAUUCCCCUGUGCCCUCCCUGCGCAGCCUGCCAACUCUUGGACAGCAACACAGCAGCUUUGGAGAGAGUCGUCAUGGGGAGAUUCCUGACAGCAGUCUCCAGAGUACAGGCAGUUCCAGAUCCUCUCAUUCCCGCUCGCCUUCACUUCAUCACAUGCAUGAAGAGGACAAGCACAUUCCAAGAAGGUCCCACAGCCAUGGCUACCCUCACGGAUACGGCCCUCGUGGAAGACUCAGCCCCGGCUUGGUACAACGAGACCCCAGCCCCCCUCAUCACACCCCUCCCGCACUGACCGGGCCCCGAGGGCCCAAACGGAAACUCUACAGCGCUGUCCCGGGACGGACCUUCAUUGUGGUCAAGCCCUACACACCACAGGGAGAGGGGGAGAUCCAGCUAAACCGGGGAGAGCGGGUCAAAGUGCUCAGUAUAGGUGAAGGAGGAUUCUGGGAAGGCACUGUUAAAGGGAGAACUGGCUGGUUCCCAGCAGACUGUGUGGAAGAAGUUCAGAUGAGACAGUAUGAUCCACGGCUAGAGACGCGGGAAGAUCGAACCAAGAGACUGUUCAGACAUUACACUGUGGGAUCCUACGACAACUUCACCUCAUACAGUGACUACAUCAUAGAGGAGAAGAAUGCUGUGUUACAGAAGAAAGAAAAUGAAGGGUUUGGUUUUGUCCUGCGGGGAGCCAAAGCUGAGACACCGAUUGAAGAAUUUGCGCCCACCCCGGCAUUCCCCGCGUUGCAGUAUCUGGAGUCAGUGGAUGUGGAGGGAGUGGCCUGGAGGGCAGGCCUGAGGACUGGAGACUUCCUCAUUGAGGUAAAUGGGGUGAACGUAGUGAAGGUGGGCCAUAAGCAAGUGGUGUCUUUAAUCCGGCAGGGGGGCAGCAGGCUGCUGAUGAAGGUGGUGUCCGUCACACGCAAACCUGAAUCUGAGGAAGUUGUUCGCAAGAAAGCUCCCCCACCGCCAAAGCGAGCUCCGAGUACCACGCUGACGCUGCGCUCCAAGUCCAUGACGGCUGAACUGGAGGAACUGGCUUCUGCUCGGAGGAGAAGAGGAGAGAGACUUGAUGAGAUGUUGGCAUCCCAGGAGUCUAUGUUGCGUUCACAGCCCACAGAGGUAGAUUACAGAGCAGCCACUGUUAAACAACGGCCUACCAGCAGGAGAAUAACACCAGCAGAGAUCAGUUCACUAUUUGAGAGACAGGGGAUGACUCUACAUGGAGGGCUUCACCCGGGCAUAGAGAGAGGCCAUAUUCCACUACCAAAGGGAAUGUCCAGGACCAAGUCUUUUGGUGCCACUGAGGAGGACCGCCUUUCAGCUCUCGCAGGCGAGCACCGCUUCCCCCGCAGUUCCUCUAUGACAGAUAGCCUUCGAGACCACUCACAGCCCCAUUCCAUCCCACCACCUCCACAGAUGGCACCCCCUCCUCCUCCCUACUACCUAGACACAGGACCUCCACCAGCCUUCUGUCCUCCUCCCCCACCAUCUAGAACUCAGAGUCAGGGCCAAGAACCUGGAGGACGCUCCAGUUUCAAGCCCUCCUCCUUGGACCUGCCUUACGAAGCCUCUCAACGGCAAGCCACGCAACUUGAAAGGCAGAAGAAAGCCCGCUCCAUGAUACUCCUCCACGACUCCUCCCAUCUACCUGUAGAGCCUACAGAAAUUCCUCGUCCUUCUGCUGCUACACCACCUGAGCGAAUCAAAAGGAAGGGACGGGUUAUUGACAACCCUUAUGCCAAUGUCGGGCAAUUUAGCAUUGGACUAUUCACACCUACCAAGCCCCAGAGGAAAAAAAGUCCCCUGGUGAAACAACUACAGGUUGAAGAUGCACAAGAAAAAGCUAGUUUGGCCUUAGCUGCUGCCCACUCCAGAGAAAGCUCACCCUCAGGACGACAACCACAUACCCAUGGGCACACACACACCAGCCGUGCAGAGUACUACCAGCAGCAGCAGCAGCUGAUGGUAGAGCGAGAACGUAUGCGUGCCCAGGGAGAAAUGAUCUAUCACAGCAAGGGCCCUUUUGCCGCUGCCAUUGCUGGCGCAGUAAAGGAUCGUGAGCGUCGCCUAGAAGAACGGAGGAAAUCUACUGUCUUCCUUUCUGUUGGGACCAUGGAGGGGACAUCCACCACCAGCUCUGAGGCUCCCUCUUUGACUCAAUCUCAUUCUGUCGAUGAACGGAUGUUAACCCGAGAGCUGGCCCAGCUGCCUCCCCCUGCCUUGGCCCUGAGUCCUUCACCAAGUGGGACCACUUUUAUCCAUCCACUCACAGGAAAACCCUUGGACCCCAACUCCCCACUUGCUCUUGCGCUGGCUGCAAGAGAAAGGGCACUGACCUCCCAGAGCCAGUCCCCAGCUGGCAGCCCUGAGCCCAGGACUAAACAGGAUCGGACAAGUCACAGCGUAAUAUUCAUUGAUACUCAGACCAAAGAGUCUCAGCUUGGCGAAGGAGGGACUGCAUCACCACCCCUCUCUCCUAAAAGCAUUAAGGCAGUUGGGUAUGGAGUGGGAUCAUCUCCUGGAACCAUGUUGGUUCCUCAACCCACCAAACCUCAGUGGGCUACAUCAUCCUCACCUCUAUCAUUUCGGCAGGAGAUGGAGGCAAGAGUAGAGGAGAGGAAAGAGGAGAAGAGAACAGAGGACAAGAAAAGUAUGUUGAUCAGCAUUGUGGACACAUCACAGCAGAAGACAGCAGGGCUUAUCAUGGUUCAUGCGACCAGUAAUGGCCAGGAUGCUGGUCCAGGUUCAGAACUAGAUCAGACUCCUGCACCAACUGCCCUAGAGCCUAGUAAAUCUCCAAGUCCACGGGCUAAAUCCCCCAGUCCUGUUCCUUCACAGCCCCAAACCCAACCCCAGCCUCAGCCUCAGACUCUUGCUAGCCCAGCCCAAGAGAAGAGUCUGGGCAAGGGAAGCUCAGAGGAGGAUGCAGAACAAUACACAGUAACCUUACCCCCUGCAAUGUUGUCCUCUAGUGAUGAAGAAACGAGAGAGGAGUUACGCAAGAUUGGAGUUGUCCCACCACCAGAUGAGUUUGCUAAUGGGCUGUUGGCACAGGCAAAGGUGACACACACAUCUCCAACUAAGCCUGCCCCCUCUCCCACCACCCCUACAACUCUUACACCCCAAAUGCCCUCUACUCUAACAACUCCAAGUGUUACCCCCACCCAGCCUCAGCCUCCUCAGCCCACACCUGCACCCAGUGCAGCAGCUGUCUCAGGGAAGCCCUCUGACCCUUUGGGGCCCCCACCGGUGGGCGAGUCUUGCUCUGCAGCUGAUUCAGGUGUGGAGGAGGCUGACACACGGAGCUCCAGUGAGAGAGAGCGAGACCACCACCUUGAGACCACCAGCACCGUAUCCACGGUUUCUAGCAUGUCCACACUGUCCUCAGAAAGCGGCGAGCCUGCUGACACACACACCACACACACCUCCUAUGCCGAUGGGCAGACUUUUGUGCUAGACAAGCCGCCAGUGCCUCCUAAACCCCGACUUAAGUCCCAGAUAGGAGGCAGUAAAGGCUCCGUCACCUUCAGGGACCCUCUGCUGAAGCAAAGCUCUGACAGUGAGCUGCUAUCACAACAACAGGCUGCCGCACUGGCUGCUGCUGCAGCAGGAGGAGCUGGGCUGGCCUCAGUUGGAUCAGCCUCGGUGACUGGACUAGCUCCUGUUCCUACCAAGCCACGCUACCUCUUCCAACGCAGGUCUAAGCUGUGGGGGGACCCUGUGGAGCCCCGUGGGCCAGGGGUGGGACUAGGUAUUGGGAGUUUGGGCAAUCUAGGAGGGCUUGGAUUGGGGCUUGGUGUAGAUGAAGGAAAACCAUCUGUUAUAGGUGAGCUCAGCUCAAGACUCCAGCAGCUAAAUAAAGAUACUAGGUCACUUGGAGAGGAAUCACUUGGAGCAUCAUUUGACGCUGGGAGGAAAUCACCUGUAGCAGGUGCCAGACUUUUCAGCAGCCUAGGUGAGCUCCACACCAUUUCGCAGAGAAGUUAUGGCACCACGUAUACCAUCCGCCCGGGCAGCCGUUACCCUGUAACCCGACGCACACCCAGCCCAGGGUCACCUGAUCGGGGUGACCCUUUUGGACGAUAUUCAGGCUUUGCCCUACCGACCUCACCGACUACACCGCCACAGUCCACACUCAAAUCCUCAAGCCUCAGCCUGCCCCAAGAGCCUAAAGAAGUCCGCUUUGUAAUGAGGAGCUCCAGCGCACGGUCUCGCUCUCGCUCCCCAUCCCCCUCGCCGUCUCACUCCCCCAGGCUGGGGUCGCCGCUGUUGGCCCUCAGGCCCUUCCACCAGAAACCCCUCCACCUCUGGAACAAGUAUGACGUGGGAGACUGGCUGGAGAGCAUCAAUCUGGGAGAGCAUAGGAUGGGCUUUCAGGAGCACGAAAUCGAAGGAUCUCACCUUCCGGCUCUAACCAAGGAUGACUUUGCAGAGUUAGGAGUGACACGGGUUGGACACCGCAUGAACAUUGAACGAGCACUAAAACAGCUGCUGGAGAGCUGACCCCUGCCCUGAGAUGCAGCAAAGGUUAAAGAAGAAGAUGCAGACUGAAAGUCUACGAUGGAGAGCUGAAGAAAAUCAGAUUCACAAGCUGUCCUCUUUCACUCCGGCUGCUUUACGUUUUGCAUCUCAAAUGUUUAGCCUGUGGUUCCUGGCGACCUUCGCGCUGCAUCAAUACCUUGCACUUGGCGCUGCACUGAAGAGGAGAACUCAACUCAUUGGUUCUCUUCUUCCCUGCCCUUCGUGUGUGCCCACGUACAGUACUUUACAGAUCAAACCUCACAGCGGGCUCUUUGCCGAGGAGUCGCAGGAGCUCCAGUUAGCACAUUUGAUUUGUCAACACUUCUGUUAUUUGUCCUUCUGUCCCUCUUCUCCUCUACCUCUGUUCCCUCCCUCUGUCAGGCCUCUGAAAGCUUUUGUUUUCCCAGUUUGAGGAAAGGAGGAAGAAUUUAGGUCCAAACAGAAAGCUCAGUUGCCUUUCCAAAUGUUUCUACAGAGAACAGCAGCGAUGAACACGAGACGUAGUGAUGACACAGCUGUGACAAGGUGCGUCUCAUCCGUUCCUGCUGUCGUUUUUAAACAGAACACUCGAGAACCCAGAGGCGGAGCUCGACACCAUAAACCACAGGAGAGAAAAACCUUCCACUCUGGAACCCAGACUGUGCUAUCUAUUAUAUUUGGAGAAUGUUUAACCAACACUCGUGGCUUUUUCAUAAUAUUUUGGUUUUCCAAAGGGAAUAUUAUAUACAAGUAUUAUAUAAUACAAUAUAUAUGUAUUUAAAUAUAGCUUUCAGAAGAAAAGACAAUGUUGCAGAGAUGAGAUGUAAUGAAUUAAACCACGUCUGUUUUGGGUUUUUA